AGUCAGUUGACACGAACUUCGCCGGCUAGCGCACAUUUUUAGGUUAAGUGAGGGUUUUUGUUGGAUAUCAGUGAUAUUUCGAGGUUUUCAUUGUAGUCCUCAUUUGAGUUCAUUGUUAUAAUCCUUAAAAUGAAUAAAGAACGACGCAAGCUGUUGGUAAAAUUAGGAAAAACAAGAAAACAAAUUGCUAUCACAGACACAAACGAGCUAUUAAACCUCACAAAAUAUAAUUGUGAAACUGUGGCUGAAAAUUCAAUUUUAAAUUUUCAAGAGGAAUAUAAUGAAAGUUUACCAAAUAUAAGUACUGGAUUUUUCGAUAAACAUCAACCAUUGGAAGAUGAAGUAAUGACUAGACUUAUGGACGAUCUUGGCGUAUCAGUUUUGAAUAAAACUAAACCUCAAACAGAUCGAAUCGAACCGACGACGCCGUGUAUCUCUCCUCCUAUAUUGACGCCUUCUAAUUCCCAAUCUACACAAAUUCAUGCUAAUCAUAUUGAAGAUGAUAUCACUGAAAAAAUGUCAAUCACACCUAUUCCGUCAGAGAACAAUUCAUUUACUUCCAGCCCAUCACAUGAUUUAUUAGAACCAAAUCAAACAGGUCAAUCAGUGAAUUUCGACAUUGAUUCAAUUGAGUCAGUUGUCACUUGUCAGUCUCCUAUAAUAACUACCACAGACGCGUCCUCUGCAGCUGACGCAUCAAGUGAAUGUUCUACUCCAACUAAUGCAAGUGGACGAAAACGACGACAGUUUUAUAUAGAUAGGUCGAAAAAGAAGAGAUUGAGAAACAAAGAUAAUUGGAUUGAUAUAAAACGAAAAUUACUGUUGAAUUCUGGAAAACAACACUUGUCAAGAAACGGUAAAAUUCAACCCGCUAAAUGUAUUAAGCCACCAUGUGAUGUUUGUAAAUUUAAAUGUAAUUCAAAGAUAUCUUUUCAGGAAAGAAAAAAUAUUUUUGAUCGUUUUUGGGGCCUUUCAAAUCAUGAACAGCAAUGGGUAUUUAUCAGUAAAUAUGCCAAACGUUAUUCAAAAAAACGAAUAACAACCGAAAAUGAUUCUAAACGCAAUUUCAGUGUAACUUACAAUCUUCCGGUCGAUUUAGACAAGUCUAGCCCUAGAAGUGUGAAAGUUUGCAAAACAAUGUUUAAAAACACCUUAUCUAUCAGUAAUCAAUUUAUAAUGAGCGCUUUAGAUAAAUAUGAUAAAACUACUGGUAACUGUUCGAAGGAUUUGAGAGGUCAUCAUAAUAAUAAAACCAAAAUAAACACAGCGGCUGUCAUACAAGGUGUUUGUGAUCAUGUAAGAUCAUUCCAGCCCGUAGAGUCUCAUUAUAUAAGGAAAGAUUCAAGUAAAUUAUAUCUGUCUGGUGACUUGAACUUCUCAAUUAUGUUUCAAUUGUAUAAGGAAUGGGCAGAGGAAAAUAAUAUUUUAGAAAGAGUACGUACAGUUCGCCAAUAUCGAGACAUUGUUAACAAGGAAAUGAACAUAUGCUUUUUUAUCCCCAAAAAAGACCAAUGCGAUGUAUGUACUGCAUUUAAAAAUUGCCCUGAUACUCAACCCGCCGAGAAGUUUGAAGAACAUAUGAAAAAUAAAGAUGUUGCUAGGUCUUUAAAGAAACAAGAUAAAAUCAAAGCCACUACACAUCCUGAAACUAUAACUUCAGCUACAUUUGACUUUCAAAAAAUAUUAUCUACUCCUCAUGGCGAAACUAGUUCAUUUUAUUAUAAACGCAAACUCUCUAUAUUUAAUUUUACAGUAUUUGAAAUGGGUCUUAAAAAAGGAAUAUGUUAUAUGUGGCCUGAAACGAUAGCUAAAAGGGGGUCCAAUGAAGUGGCUAGUUGCCUGCUUCAUUUUAUUGAAAAUUCUGCUAGAAAAGGAAUCAAGGAUGUCCGUCUUUGGUCGGAUAAUUGCGGCGGACAGAAUAGAAACCGAGCAGUAUUUUUUAUGUACGCAUUCUGUUCUUCAAAAUUUAAAAUCGAUAUCUGUCAUAGGUUCUUAGAAAAGGGGCAUACCCAACAAGAAGGGGACAGUGUACACGCAAUGAUAGAAAAGUCUUCCAAAAGAAAAUCAAUUUACAGUCCGGAAGAAUGGUAUACACUUGUAAGGUGGUGCAAAACCUCUGGAGAUCCCUAUGAAGUAAUAAAUAUAACACAAAACAUGUUUCUUGACUUCAAAGGAUGUUUGGAUAAUUUAAAGUGGGAUAAAAACACAGACAACGAAACUGUAAAAUGGAGUAAAAUACGUGAAGUUGUAGUAAAAUCGGAUUUUCCCAACACCAUAUUUUAUAAAUAUAAUUUACAUGAAGAAGAAUCUAAGAGAAUUGAUUUAUUACAAAAACGAAAUACGCGAUCCCGUCGAGAUAAUAUUUUAAACGAACCCAAUGUUUGUUAUGAUGAUACUUUGAUGAUAACACAUUCUAAAUACAAUGACUUGGUUAAUCUUUGUGAGCAAAAUUUAAUUCCUUUUAGGUAUCACGAAUUUUACAAAAAUUUGAAACAUGCAUGUAAUUCUUAUACACAAGAAAACAACUAAUUAAUUGUUAUUACUAGUAAUUAUAUUCCUGCUGGAGUGUGAAUGUCGAUUCUAGUGUUUGGCUAAUCAUUAAUCAUCAUGAAAAGAUAAGUUUCUUGUUGAUUUCUGUGAUUCUGAAUUAAUAGACUGAUUAAUAAGACUGAUUAAUGUAAGUUAAAUCUUUGCUUUAUGGAAAAAAAAGUUAUUUCCUGUUAUGUUCACGGGUUUAGAGUUUCUCGUUUAUGUUACAUGUUAUUUAAAAAUUUUGCUCCUAACAAAAACGUUACUACACAAAAUAUGAUACUUCAUUUGACCUCAUUGUACUUUAAUCAUCAUUUUUCAAAAACGAAGCAUAAAAAGUUAUGUGCAUUAUUUUGUUGUUUCUUAUAUUAUAUUGUUAAUUAAUACGAAUUGGAAGUUGCUUUACUUAAAAUGAAACGUUUUAUUAAAGAUUCAAUAAAAUUAAUUAAAAGGAUUUUUUUUUAUUUAAUAAAAUUAAUGUCCCUUGUAUACACGACCAACAGGCAGUUGACUUAUUUAACUUUAUUUUUAAUUCAACGUAGAUAGGGUUAACUGCAAAAUCUCGUAAAUUAACAACAAAUUACUAACCCCGACAUAAUAAAAAUAUGCCUUAGAGUAUAAACAAAGAAAUUGCAAAGUUAGAAAAUUAAAUUCAUAUCCAUUAAAAAAAUAUAAAACUUUUUCUUUCU